AUGUCGACAACAACAGCGACCAACCCAGCGACUGCAUCUCCGGCUGCCAAAGUCAACGGCAACGAAGUAAACGGCGAGGUGACCAAAUCGGUCAAGUUCGACAACUCCAACGGCAGUCCCACGCUGCAGUCCUCUUCGCGCUUUGCCCGGAUGAACGGCAUCUCCAACCUCAACGGUAACGGCAACGCAAGCACCAAUCGGAAUGGCAGCAGCACAACAAGCUCAUCCGUCACAAGCAAGAUAUUUUACCCGCUUUUCCCCGGCAUUGUCUCCGCGCUCGAUGAGAGCCCCUGGACUUCGGGCUACAACACGCCCACGCUCGGAACCGCGGUCCACAACGUAGCCGAGCGCGCCGAGUCCGCACUGCAGCGUGUGGCCGAGCAGCAACGUGGCGGUCUGCUCUCGCGCGCUGCCCAGUCCACCCUGGGGGUUGCAGACUACUUCGAGCGUCUUCUCCAAUGGGAGAUCUUCAGUCGCGCCAACGCCAUCGGAGGUAUCGAUAACAUGUGGCUCCUCAUCGACGGCAUCAGCGCCUUUAACCCGGUCUGCACCGCCACCUACACUUUCAAGCAACCCGCCAGCCUGCAAGAUCUCAAGCAUGCCGUGCUCAAACAGAUCGGCCACUUUCCCAAAUACAGCCAAAAGCUCGCUGAUGUGGGACGCUUCUUCCACGGAACCGUCUUCAUCGACGACGAGCAGUUUGACAUUGACAACCACAUGCGCGCACAUACGCUGCCGGGCAACGCGGGCAAGCGCGAGCUCGAGUCGUUUGCUUCCGAGUUUAUUGCGAGCAAGUGGGACUACACCAAGCCGCUGUGGGAGGCUGUGGUGCUCGAAAACUUUGUCGAUGAGGAAACGGGCUCCAGGGGUGCGUGCGUGAUCCGCGGUCAUCACACAAUGGCCGAUGGUCAGGGGUUCGUCAUGAGCCAGCUGUUCGUAACCUCGCUUGGGGCCAAGCUCGAGAGCAUGAUGUCCGAAGGCGCCCAGCUGCUCAGCGAUGCCAAGCAGGGCAAGGCGCUGCCCUCGAGGAUGAACAAGAAGCUCGCCGCGUUGGAUCGAUUCCACGGGACUAUUGCGCUGCAGCUGGUCAUGCUGGCUCUGUACUGGACCAGCUGGGUGGUGUCGUUGGUGACGGAUCUGGCAGGCUGCUUCACGUUGGCUGUGUCUACAAGCUUCUUCUUCCUUGCCACGUUUUGGCGCCAGCGGUACGUCACAGCGAGCUACCCUGGCCCGAGGAAGGAGGAAAAGGAGUUCAGCAUUUCCAGGUCGUUUACGCUAUCGGACGUCAAGCUCGUCUCCAAGGCGUUCUCGGGCGUUCAACCGGGCACGCUGUGGGACAAGGUGCAGGGCGGCAAGCGAUACUCGAGGCCGCUGAUCGGGACGCACUUGACAGUCAACGACAUCAUCUGUACCGUCAUCGCCGAUGUGAUCAACGACGAGCUCGAACGCCAAGCUCAACAGCCCGGUCUGCUGAACAAGAUCCGACAUCUUUCGCACAAGAUCCUGCCUUCACCCAUCGGCAUCAUGAUCCCCAUUUCGAUCCGAGAACCGGGCGACUGGUCAUUGCGCAACCUUUCCACGGGCGGCAUCGCCUACCUCCCGACUACAUCCGGCUUGCCAAAGGACGUCAAGCUGUUGCACCGUCGUCUGCACACCACGCAUAGCCGCCUGAACAUCCUCAAAAACUCGUUGCUACCGAAGAUCUUCUUCCAUGCGAUCCAACUCACGGGCCAACUCCCCGCCAUCUUCCCGAUCCCGUUCGGCCUGCUCCCCAAACACCCGUGGAACGUGCUGCGCUGGCCGACGGUCUGGGUGACUGAGCGCAUCUUGACCUCGUUCACCGCGGUGGUGACCAACGUGCCGUGUCCGUCCAAGCAGCGCAUCAAGCUGGCGGGGCAGGAGGUGGUCAGGUGGACUGCGCUGCCGCCACAGGCGGGCAAGGGCACGUUGGGCAUCGGCAUCUGCUCGUACGGUGGCGAUUUCAGUAUUUCCAUCUCGGCGGAUAGGGUUGAAGGAAGUGAGGGUGUAGCGGCGAGGUUGACGGAUAAGUUCGAGAGGAGGUGGAACGACUAUGUCGAGGUGAGUCGCAAUUUGAUCCGGCAGACGGGAUCUGAGAAGGGGGAGAGAGCGAAGCGGUCGAGUUCGCGCACGGCAUCGGAUGCGAGUAGCGCAAAGAGGAGGAGAAGGUCGUCAGGUAGUGCUUCUUCCGUUUCGUCGUCGUCGGCUGCUUCGGGUACCGAUGGUUCCGCAACCGCCAAGGAGGAGAAGCAAGAAUAA